UCCGAGAAUAGGGGUUUACUUAGGGGUUUAAGCGCAGGAUGUCCGAACCAAAUAUACAGAGAGACGUGCACGUAUGCGUAGAUUCUCCAGGGAAUUUGCUUUCUCGUCCCCUCUCUCUUUCUCUCUCGCUCGAUCGAUCGGGUGAAGAAUAAUGAGGGAGGUGGCGGAAGGGAGAAUGCGCGAGGAUAAUAGAGGAGGACAUUACUAUGGAGUUUGUGCGGUUGGAGGAGUUCUCAGUGCUGGAACCACCCACCUGGUUAUUACUCCGCUUGAUGUUUUGAAAGUCAAUAUGCAGGUGAAUCCAAUCAAGUAUAACAGCAUUUACUCAUGUUUCACUACUCUAUUGAGAGAGCAAGGCCCUUCUGCUUUUUGGAGAGGUUGGUCUACCAAGUUCUUUGGAUAUGGUGCUCAAGGUGGGUGCAGAUUCGGUCUCUACGAGUAUUUCAAACGGGUUUACUCCGAUAUCUUGGUCGGCAGCAACAGGAGCUCGAUUUUUUUUCUCAGCAGUGCUUCUGCGGAAGCAUUUGCAAAUGUGGCGCUUUGCCCUUUUGAAGCCGUUAAAAUCCGGGUUCAAGCCCAGCCCAACUUUGCAAAAGGCUUGGUUGAUGGCUUCCCUAAAGUAUAUGCAUCAGAAGGCCUUCUAGGAUUUUACAGAGGGCUUCUACCGCUUUGGGGUCGAAAUCUUCCAUUUUCAAUGGUGAUGUUCUCGACAUUUGAGCAUUCAGUGGAUUUCCUGUAUCGUAAUGUCAUUAGAAGAAGAAAGGAGAAGUGCUCAAAAGUUCAACAACUCGGGGUGACAUGCCUAGCUGGAUAUGCUGCUGGAUCUGUUGGUAGCUUUAUAUCAAAUCCUGCCGACAAUAUUGUUGCUUCAAUAAACAACAAAAAAGCUGACAGCCUCAUGCUGGCAAUCAGGAAUAUUGGGCUUGCGAAUCUGUUUACAAGGAGCCUUCCCAUUAGAAUUAUACUUGUUGGACCUGUUGUAACUCUGCAGUGGUUGUUCUAUGAUACCAUCAAGAUUCUUAGUGGAUUGCCAACAAGUGGUGAAGUUUCAGCUGAUCCAGUGAGAGAGAGUACAAAAGAGUGAGCUAUGCCGGAACAAUUGCAGCAUUCUUCAGAUAGUGAGGUGGUGUCGUCACCAAGUAAGGAAAUUAGAGCUUUUUUCUGGCGUUGAAUAUGCUGGAAUGUUACAAUCAGUGCAACUACUGAACGAUUCUGACAAACCAUGAGAUAUGAUGGCAGCUUUUUAUGCCGUUGCAUAUCGUGGUUUAAGGCUCUAGUUGUUCUAGACGUUUGCUCAUUCAUUGUUCUUGCUUUUAGCUCAUGGGAGUAUCUCUCCCCCGGCAACCUGACUUAGAUAUGUCUGAAUAAUGUAAUGACGAAUGCUUGUUCUUGCCAA